AUGGUUCCUCUGAAAAAAGAUCAGACAGGUAUAUGGAAAACAAUAGUAGAAACAAAGAAGGAUUUGACCAAAAGAGGGGUGGAUAUUGAAAAAAGCCUUAUAAGUAAAAUUGGUAUAGGCGACAAAACUUUAUUUUGGGCAGACACGUGGUAUGGAGACAAGCCUUUAAAGGAAAAAUUCCCUCUCGUUUAUCAACUCGCAAAGGAGAAAAGAGCAAAAGUUCAGGAAAGUUACACGAGACUUAACGGUGGAGUCUUAUGGGAUUGGGCAUGGCAUAGAACACCAAGUACGGAUAAUGAAAGACAACAAAUGGAGGAAUUGCUGGGAAUACUGAAUCAAGUGAGACUAUCGGAAAAAAGCGACUAUUGGAUAUGGAACGGGGAAGAGAUUCAAGAUUUCUCGGUAAAAGCGGUAAGAAGCACUUUGUCACGAAACAUAAACUUAAAUGAAACAGCGGAUGAAUUUUUCUGGAACAAUUGGGCAACACAGAAGUGCAGUAUGUUUGUAUGGAGAGCAAUAAAAGGCAAAAUUCCGACAGCCACAAAACUAAGAGAAAGAGGAGUCCCGGUGCCGAGCGGAACGUGUAGAGUGUGUGGCAAUGAAGAAGAAACACCGGACCACGUCCUUGUUAAAUGCAAGGUAGUGGAGAACGUCUGGGAACAAGUAAACAUGUGGGUUAAAGUGCAUACGACAGUCAAACCUGACACACUUGGCGAGGUUUUCGGCCUGCUGAAUGAAUGUAACUGGACGAAGGCGAAGAAGAAAGCGGUACACGCAAUUUUCCUGUUAACAACUUGGGUGAUUUGGAAAAAUAGAAAUGAAAAAAUAUUCAGAUCAAGAGUCGGUGAGAUAUACAGAAUGAUUGAAGAGAUAAAGGAAGAAUCGUAUCAUUGGAUGAAACAAAGAACAAAGGUGCGUCUGGAAUCAUGGGAGAAUUGGCUUUACUUUUCUUGGUAA